AUGCGGUUCUCUAUUCUAGCAUUUGUUGCAUUGAUACUGCAACCUGUCGUGUCCAGCAACAUUGAGGAAAGUACUUGUUCUUACGACAAUGAAAGUUUAGAGGUGGCCAACGAGGGAGGAUGGGGACUAGUGAAGUCAACAUUGUUCGGCAAGUCGAUGCAAGUUGCAGGAACGUUACGCGGUCACUUUGAUGGCCUCCUCAGUCAUGAAGGCGCUGGCAGUCUCACAGAAAAACUCGACUUGUUGUCUGCUUCAGCAUACAUGUUGUACGAUGGAUUGCACAUUCCAAGUGCGGGAGAGUCCUGGGACAACGUCGUGGGGCUCGGUUCAAAUAUCCGAGGGAAUAUAGACGAACUCUUCCAACAUGCCAAGGAACUCUAUCCCUCGAAGAUAUCGGAGUUCAAGAAGUCUGUGAAUAGUGUUGCCAGUACAGCCACAUCACUGCACCAAGUCGUUAAAGGAGCCGCAGAACAACGCGAAAUUCCUUUCGAUUCAGUAUUAGAAGAACUUCGAAAUACCUUGCAGGUCCUAUUUGAAGAGCUUAAAGAGCAAUUCCCGCCACCCGAGGAGGCUCCCGGUCAUGAGAAUCGUACUCUCAUAAUCAACACAGUUCUUGAUCGUGUCGAGGAGACUUUUCUACGGGUUGCCAUCAAGUAUGGAGCAAGUGAAGAAGUCGUGAAAAAUCACACCAGUUCUCUCAUGUCAGGUGUUCAACAUAUUGUGGGGAUCAUCGGAGACCUUUACGAACAGCACCCUCAGCUUGCAUGGACCUUCUUUAGCAUUGCGAUUGCCCCGCUAUUUGCACAGGGGCUUCUUCUCUCAGCCCUCAGGAUAUUUGGAUUUGGGCCAUUGGGACCAAUUGCAGGAACUGCUGCUGCAUGGUUGCAAGCGUGGUUAUUUCGUGGGGCUAUCCCAGCAGGGCUUCAAUGCGGCAUGCCAGUCGUGUAGAUGAUUGAUCCAUGAGAUCAAAAACCUCGGGGUCUCUGAUGUCUGUAAUUAAAGGUUCAUAUCUCGUGAACAUUUGUGCCAUCUUCAUAAACUGAAUCUAGC